GCGUGGCAAUGCGCGCGAGCAGGGAUGGUGGCGGGCGGUGUCACGUGAACUCUACUCAUGUGACAUGAGAAAGUCAAAUCAGGAACAAAAUGGCUGCUGCCGGAGACGAAGCUACUGCAAUGGAUAGCAUCUCCAGGGCACCAGCGGCUCAUUCAGCGGUUCUAAACCCGACGGCAAGUACAAGCAGUCAGGCUGAAGGCCCGGAGGAUGCAACGAGCAGCCCGGCGCAAGCUCCCAAAAAGCCCCACAACAGUGAUGGUGGUGUGGAGACAGCAGAGGAGGCUGUGGAGCCUGCAGAGCCUGACAUCAAUGAACUGUGCUCUGAUAUGUUUGAAAAGAUGGGCGUCUUCCUGCAGGGAGAACUCACAGCCACAUGCGAGGAUUACCGUCUGUUGGAGAACAUGAACAAGUUAACCAGUCUGAAGUACAUGGAAAUGAAGGAUAUCAGUAUCAAUAUCAGCCGUAACCUGCAGGAUCUCAACAACAAAUAUGCGAGCCUACAGCCUUAUUUGGACCAAAUAAAUCAGAUUGAAGAGCAAGUGUCGACUCUUGAACAAGCUGCUUAUAAACUGGACGCCUACUCUAAAAAACUGGAGGCCAGAUUCAAGAAACUGGAGAAGCGAUGAGGACGACAACAAAGAUGAAGGCUGAAAUUAAUGGUACCUUCUCACCUUUCACCCAGCCCUGCUGUAGUCCCUCCUUUGCCAGUGUAGCCAGGAGCUGCAGGCAGGAUGUUAACUGAGACUGAAACAACAAACUGUCAGAGCCACUUUGACACCUCAAAUGAACUAAGGAGGAAGCAGCUGAGGGCUCACAAAUUAGUACCGCAGCACUUGGCUCAGGCUUUUUUUGUUUUUGGCAGCAGACAUGCAGCGAAGACAUAUGUGAAUACAUGGUGAACAUCAAAGUUGAAUAUAAAUCAGCUAAACCACCUUCAGAGUGUACUAAUCCAAUGAUAAAGAAAUAUAAACUCAGCAGAUUGGCAGGUUCUUGUACCAGUACAGUAUAUAAGUAAGCACUCAAAACGUUUAGCAUAGAAUUAGUGCCCUGAAAUCUACAUCCAGAUGAUGAGUCCUUUUAUUUACAGAUUUGUCUGAGCAGUGUGAACAGCAUCACAUUCUGUUCAACUUCUUAAGAAAUGAUGAUAAUAUUAUUAUUAUUAUUAUUAUUAUUAUUAUUAUAAUAUGCUAUAAUAAUGUGUAUAAUAUUAUUAUCUAUGUCAGUUGAGAUUGGCACAGCACCCCCCACGACCCUCAUGUGGAGGAUAAAGUAGAUGGAUGGAUAUUGUUUAAAAACUACUGUGUGGUAUACAGCUGAAAAUCCCAAUAAGUUACUAUUGAGGCAGACAUUUGAUAUUGGUGGACUAUUGUGUUUUGUGUUUUUGGAGAUACUGACACUGAAACUGGAGAUUUUGUUUUUUAAAAUAAACUAAGAUGUGCAUAAGAUA